UGUUGUUAUUCUCUUCUAGAAGAAGAUGGAAAAGCUGAAGAUGCUUUAGUGAAGUUCAAAGAAUACCAAGACAGGCACUCUCGAUCAGUCAUAUUCAUCAACCACAAAAGAUUAAUUAAGGAAAGAAGUAAUAUUUUUGGGAAAACGUUACCUGUAGGCAAGAACCGUAUUAUGUCAAAAACAAUACUACGUGAAUAUAAGCCUGAUGGAAAGGUUUUAAAAAAUAUUUCGGAAUUAGUCAGUAGAAAUAUAAGCCCUGUAAGAGAGAAGUUUGCUGAGAGUAAUGGAUGGGAGAAAUCAUUCCUCAAUACUAAAAAUGAGAAAAUUCAUACUACAGUGAAUCUCUGUAAACAAACAGAAAGGAGUCUGAGUGGUAAACAAGAGCUUAUUCAACAUCAGAAGACUCAAACUCCUGAGCAAUCUUUAGAUCAUAAUGAAUGUGAAAAAUCCUUCCUUAUGAAAGGAAUGUUAUUUACACAUACUAGAGCUCACAGAGGAGAAAAACCCUAUGAAUACAAUAAAGAUGGAAUAGCCUUAAUUGAAAAGUCAAAUCUCAAUGCCCAUUCACAAACUCUUAUUGAGAAGAAAACCCAUGGAUACAGCAAAUACGGUAAGUUCCUCUGCAGGAAGUCUAUUUUUAUCAUGCAUCAGAGAUCUCAAACAGAAGAGAAACCCUUUCAGUGUCCUUAUUGUGGAAAUAGCUUUAGAAGGAAGUCAUAUCUCAUUGAACAUCAACGAAUUCACACCGGUGAGAAACCUUAUGUCUGCAAUCAAUGUGGAAAAGCUUUCCGUCAAAAGACAGCCCUCACUCUUCAUGAGAAAACACAUAUAGAGGGGAAGCCCUACAUCUGUAUGGAUUGUGGGAAGUCCUUCCGCCAGAAGGCAACUCUCACUAGACAUCACAAAACACAUACAGGGGAGAAAGCCUAUGAAUGUACUCAGUGUGGAAGUGCUUUUAGAAAGAAGUCAUACCUCAUUGAUCAUCAGAGAACUCACACAGGAGAGAAACCAUAUCAAUGUAAUGAAUGUGGGAAGGCAUUUAUCCAGAAGACAACCCUCACUGUACAUCAGAGAACUCACACAGGAGAGAAACCCUAUAUAUGCAGUGAAUGUGGAAAGUCCUUCUGCCAAAAGACAACCCUCACUCUCCAUCAAAGAAUUCAUACUGGGGAAAAACCCUAUAUUUGUAAUGAAUGUGGGAAGUCCUUCCGCCAGAAGGCAAUCCUCACUGUUCAUCAGAGAAUACAUACAGGAGAGAAAUCCAAUGGAUGUCCUCAGUGUGGGAAAGCCUUUAGUAGGAAAUCAAACCUCAUUCGCCACCAGAAGACUCACACAGGAGAGAAACCAUAUGAAUGUAAAGAAUGUGGGAAGUUCUUCAGUUGUAAGUCAAACCUCAUUGUACAUCAAAAAACUCACAAGGUAGAAACCAUGGGAAUUCAGUAAAGGAUAUGACUUUUUUGGUAAAAACUUUUGAAGUCCUAGUAAACACUGUACAUGAUGAAGCUUGCAAAUAUAAUAUUCAACAGUUUAAGGUACUAUUCCACAAAUUUACCUAUUGUUUGUGAACCUAUAUAACACACAAAGAAUGACUAGACAAAUGACAGUAGUCAUUGAAAAUACAACCCUAAAUUUUUUAUUAUUAAUUCAGCAGGCAUAAACUUCCUCUGUCAAGUUUCUACAAACAUUUAAAAUCACUUGUUUUCAAUUUCAUUACAUACCUUGUUGUGACCCAGUAAUAAGCAACUGACCAACUAGCAGUGGUCCAUGGACCACACUGUGAGUAGAAGUGUUUUUAAAAGAAAGGAAGUAUGAAUGUUCAUAAGAGUGGCUUAAAAGAAAGGAAGUAUGUAUUUCUCAUUGCAAAUAUGAAAUAAAAAUUAGCUAUUACCUCCUCAAAAUUUACCACAGUUCUGACUUCUAACAGAAAUUAGGUUUUGCCUAUUAUGAACCUUUAUAUAAAUUGGAUUAUACAUCAUGUAUUCUUUUAUAUAUGGCUUGUUUCAUUCAUCAUUAUGUUUGUAAA